UGAUAUCACAUUAUUGUUAACAUCUUAUUGUUUAUAACCCCACGGCGGCCAUUGUUUACUGUGUGUUAUCAGUGUAUGAUUGUGAGCUGAGUACUGAUAAGAUGACCGUCGCUUGGAUUUAGCGUAUAUAGUAUGUAUAUUCAUAUAGUCUGAACGUAGUCGCCUACAGAACGGCCAACCGGUUUCAUCAGUGUAUUUAUUGUACUGCCAUUCAACGGAUUUUAAUUAUAUUCUGCAUUCAAAACGAGAACACAUUAUGGCGACGUCAGAUUCCAAACGGGUGUUGUCUAUCCAAAGUCAUGUAGUGCACGGCUAUGUGGGCAAUAAAGUGGCCACUUAUCCCCUACAACUGCUUGGUUUCGAUGUGGAUCCGCUGAAUUCGGUACAGUUUUCAAAUCACACAGGCUACAAAUGCUUCAAGGGUCCAGUAUCCACAGAGGAAGAAUUGGCCACAAUAUUCAAUGGUUUGCAAGAGAAUGAAUUGUUGGGUCAAUAUUCUCAUCUGCUCACUGGAUACAUUGGAAAUCCCUUCUUCCUGCGUCAAGUGGGCAACAUUCUGAAGGAGAUUCGCAAGGCCAAUCCCAAUUUGAUCUAUGUCUGUGAUCCCGUCAUGGGCGACAAUGGCAGCUUGUAUGUGCCCAAGGAACUGCUUCCCGUUUAUCGCGAUGAGAUCAUUCCACUGGCCGACAUUAUAACACCCAAUCAGUUUGAGGUGGAGUUACUCACGGGCAAGGAGGUUCGCAGCGAAGCAGCCGUGUGGGAGGCCAUGGAUUGGUUCCAUGAGCGCAAUAUAAAAACUGUUGUCAUCUCCAGCAGUGAUCUGGGCCAGCCUGGAGUAUUGCGCGCUUUCCUCAGCCAGUUGGAUGGACCUCGACUGGCCAUGGACAUUCCCAAGCAGGGCGACAAAGACUUGUUCUUUACCGGCACCGGAGAUCUCUUUGCCUCACUCUUCCUGGCACACAGCCAUGCCAGCGGAGAUGUCACCGAGGCAUUCGAGAAGACCAUUGCCACCCUGCAGGCAGUGAUCAAACGCACAGUGGAAUUGCUACCCGCAUCCGAUGGAGGACCAGUGAAGGCCUGGGAACGAGAGUUGAGGCUCGUGCAGAGCAAAAAAGAAAUAGAGGAACCUAAAGUGCUGCUCAAGGCACAACGAAUCAACUAGAGCAGCAACAAAAUAACCCUAUCAAAUGGACAAUAAUGUGAACAAAGCUUAUCUUAUUCAAAUAUAUAAAUAUACGCUUAUAACUAGACA